UAAUCUUCAAAAUUACGCAUCGUCAUUUCUUUUAGUCUUUUUACGACUUUCAUGAUAAGAUCGAAAAGAUCUAACGGGUGAAAUGACAUAGGCAUCAUUCUGAUGAAGACACUAAAUUCAUGUUAUUUGCCCUUAUGGAUGCUUCUGAUUGAAGAUAAAUCUCCGUAUUGAUACGCAAAGUCUAAAUCUUCUUCGGCUCGGCUGUAUCAGCUUGUGGUGGGUCAGCGUCUAGCUUGCAUUUCACUAGUUCACAUCUCCAAUACUUAUCCAUCAAUUCUCGAAGCUGUGGACACUCAUUUUUCGUAUGUCAGCAGAGAACAAUGGAAUUAAACGCAAAUUCCACCUUUUCGAAUGAUGAUUCUCAUGAUGCUAAUUACGGAAGACCAGCUCACCCAACAGCAUGGCUCGCUACCAUUCCACUGCUUACAUCUGUAAUAAGUGCUGUGACCACGGUUGGCAACUUCAUGGUAAUUGUGGCAUACUGUCGAGACCACCGCAUCCGGUCAAGUGCGGCUAACCUGCUCAUUUUAAAUCUUGCAUUCACGGACUUGACAGUGGGUGCCCUCUUGUGGCCCAUCAAUAUCGUGUGGCUAAUCAAAUACUACUGGCCAUUCGGUGAGAUCCUCUGUAAAGUGUGGUUGGUCACUGACUACACUAUGACAGCGAUGUCCGUUUUAACCAUGGUCCUGAUAAGUUGGGAUCGGUACUGUCUGUUAGCGAUGGGAGUGAAAUAUCGGACAGUCCAGACUAAGAAGCGAAUUGGGAUCAUCAUCUGCUUUACAUGGGCCGUUGAACUGCUUUGGUACAUUUCCAUGGCAUUCGUGUGGAGUCCAAUCACAGGACAUUACGGGGUGGAUUAUGCAGUCGAGUGCGACUUGGAAACGAAGACUAGUCUUGCCAUGACACUGAUCCAUAACACGAUUCAGAUCUAUUUACCAUUUGUAAUCCUGAUAGCAUUGAACCUUGCUGUUUAUUCCAAUAUCAAACGGAGAUCUAGAGGGAUCGUUGGGCAGAGUCCUGGGAAUGAACUAUCCACACUUCAGGCAGCUGAAGGAGAUGGGUAUCAAACAGCAGCAACCGCUCUAGAUGGACAACGUAGGUCUACUCGUUCUGAUUCACCAAGCACAUCGGCAAAUGCUGCUGACGCAAAGGCCAGCAAGGAAAAACCGAACGGAAGCUUAUCAAACCAUGAACCACACGCCAAGGAUAAGAAAGAGUCGAUAUCGAAGGAACAUACAUUUGCCCGACAUCGCAAAGCCGCCGUGGUUCUUGGUAUCCUCGUAAGUUGUUUCCUCAUCUGUUGGGUGCCUGUCCAGGUUACGAGUAUAAUGUACGCCAUAUGUGGCAACAACUGCGUUUCCUCGCUCAGCAUUGAUAUCACAGCCACACUCGUUUGGGGAAACUCAAUGUUAAAUCCAUUUAUCUACGCUGCCACCAAUAAGCAGUUUUGGCGGAACUUUCGGCGUUUUCUGCUCCGUGAUUGCCGGCCCUGUGGAUGGAAGCUAUGUGGAGCUUAAAGUUUGGAUAUUAAAUCAAUUUUUAUGAAAAAAGAAUGAAACUUUCCCUUCUUCGUGUGAAAUUUGCUUUAAUCAGAGCAAUUUUGCUUCUGAGACAUUAUUCUAUCACUGAAAACUCAAUACAUUGUUAGAAGUGAAAGAUUGUCUUGAAUAGCGACAACAUGAAAAAUGCCUACAUGUAUAAUAUCAUGACUGCAUUUGGCGUAAACAUCGUAUGCCUUGGGUGUAAAAAUGGGGCUUGAGAAAUCAUCUAAAAAAAUAC